UUCUCAGCCGCGUCCUCCUAAACCUAAUUGCAGUUUCUUUCUCUCUCUCUCUCUCUCUCUCUCUCCCUCUCUCUCUGACUGACAGCGAGGAUUUCGCUUCGCCCGGAGCGACGUCACACCAAGGUGGGAGAAGACGAGCGCAUUUUUCCUCACUUUGGAUGUUUUCAUCCAAAGAAAACACCCCCGACAGACUGUGGCACAGACGCCUCUACCUGCAGCCGGUGCGCACCGAAAAUUACUUCACCGAGUUCAUCAGUGCGUCAGUUCAGAGCGCGUAGAGAACAACCAGCAUCCAGCGGCACCAAAAACGUUUUUAUUUAUAAGUUUUCGUCGUCAUCAUCACCGGACAGGCAGCAGUGCUCUUCAUAUUCGUCUUUAAUAUCAUUUCAUUGUUUCAAAUCUCUCUUAGCGUGGCGAGUGUGUCCACCAGAGCAACCUCUAAGCGCUGUUUUUGCGGUUACAGACGACUUUAUUGCUUUGAGUCAUUUCUGGUUCUCUCAACACGGUCUGACGAGGCUCUUUAGCAUGUAAUGUGCUGCGACUAAUGGAGCAGAACGACAAUGAAGAGGUUAACCACACCUUUGAAAGCGGACAUCUCUUCAGCAACCUCUUGACCAACUUUGUUGCGCAUUAAGAUGCGCCCGACAGAAGAGGAGUUGGAUGAUGAACUUUUUGCGCUCUCGUUGACAGACAGUUUCCAGUAAGCUUUUUGCUGAGUCGUACCGUCAGAAACCAAGGACCUCUUAUGUAUUUAAGAAAAAAUCAAACUCUGUGUUGGCUGAGCUUGUCAGUGUAAAAUUUUCUGGGGAAUCUCCUUGAGGAUUUGCGGCGUUCACCAUGACGGUUCGUCUAUCUCGGAUCCAACUAGCCCUGUUUUUUAUCUUGCUCUGUCCGGUCAAUAUCAUCGGACUCUGGUGGGCGGUGGGCAGUCCGCUGGUGAUGGAUCCCAACAGCAUAUGCAGGAAGGCGAAGCGUCUGGCGGGAAAGCAGGCUGAGCUGUGCCAGACUCAGCCAGAGAUUGUCAGCGAGGUGGCCAAAGGAGCAAGGCUGGGUGUCAGGGAGUGCCAGUACCAGUUCAGAUACCGCCGGUGGAACUGCACCAGCCACAACAAGUACUUUGGCAAAAUACUGCAGCAAGAUAUCCGGGAGACAGCAUUUGUUUAUGCCAUCACAGCAGCUGGGGUGACCCACGCAGUGACCCAGGCCUGCAGUAUGGGAGACCUACUGCAGUGUGGCUGUGAGGCAACCAGGAACAGAGCACCUCCAAGGCCGCCAUCAUCAUCCUCCUCGGGGGACGGAGUCAAGUGGGAAUGGGGGGGCUGUGGAGAUGAUGUGGAGUUUGGUUAUGAAAAGUCGAAACAGUUUAUGGAUGCCAAGAGGAGAAAAGGCAAGAGUGACAUCAGGACGCUCAUUGACCUGCACAACAAUGAAGCUGGGCGACUGGCGGUGAAACUCUACAUGCGGACAGAGUGCAAGUGCCACGGACUGUCGGGCUCGUGCACCUUACGCACGUGCUGGAAGAAGAUGCCUCAUUUCCGUGAAGUAGGCGACCGCCUGCUGGAGCGCUUCAACGGUGCUUCCAAGGUGAUGGGCGGCAAUGACGGCAAGACCCUGAUCCCAGUUGGCCAGAACAUCAAGCCGCCGGACAAGCAGGAUCUGAUCUACUCAGACGAGUCACCCGAUUUUUGCCUGGCAAAUCGGAAAACUGGAUCACUGGGGACACGGGGCCGCAUGUGCAACAGCACAGCCAUGGACAUCAGUGGCUGUGAUCUGCUGUGCUGCGAGCGUGGCUACCGGGAGGAAUCAGUGGUGUUUGAGGAGAACUGUCUGUGUCGUUUCCACUGGUGUUGUGUAGUCCAGUGCAAGAAGUGCUUGGUCCGGAAAGAGCUUAGUCUCUGUCACUGAUGAACUGAUGAACUGGAGUUAAGAGUAGUCUAAUUACUUGGUUUGUUAUAAUUACAUCUUUUCCUUUUUGAGGUUUUUGCAUUGGUUUUGCAGAUGUGAAAGAAGGACAGGGUUUUGCUAUGCAUCUUGAUCCUUUUUGCACCAGUCAUGGGCCAGAUCAUGCCCGCAAAAUUGUAAUUUCAAACUGUAUGUGACACAAUUUCUGGCUAUGGUUCCCUGGGGUUUUGACACAACCUUUCCAGAAAGACGCAAGAGGUGCAGCACAAAGGCAAGAGGGACUAGAAGAAGUAAAAUAGAGAAAUGUUUCUUUUAUGAACUACCUAUUUGUCAUUUCUUGUUUAUAGAAAAGGACCAAAGAAUGUGAAAGUGUUUAUUUUCCAUCUUAGUGAAAGAGGAGGAUCUGUGCUCGGAGGACCCAUAUGUGACUAGCUGGCACAGUUGGUUAGUAUCUCCUCCUUCCACUACCAGAUCAUCAGCAGUGCUUGAUGUGGACUGCUUUCCAAAACCAAAACCGACAUUUAGACAUGCUGAUGCACCUGAUUUGAUUAUGGCUUUAUAUAAACUGGUCACUAAUCUACAAGCGCCACACUGACUAUUAUGAAAAAGAUUCUUUUUUUGUACUAUCUGGUAUUUAAAGUUCUGUAGAGACAUUGCUUUCUAUCUACAGUAUGCUGUAGGAUAAUAGAAAGAUUAAGGAUCUCCAUUGGGCCCCAAUUCAGACACUUUCACCUUACUUUGAUGUGUGUGAUCAUACAAUGACUGUUACCAGACAGUGUACCAGUAUAACUCUAUUCUUGACAACGCAUCUUUAUAUUUUACCACCCUCAAAUCUUUAAAAAGUUUAUCAGUCUGUCUCUCAGUUACAGUAACUGUAGCCUAACCUAAUACAAAAAAAUGCUGGAUCUUAUUCUCUUCUGCUACAGUGUCAAAAAAUCAUUUAUAAAAGGGAAAUGGUGUCACAUUAUCACUUUUGAAGAAUGCUGUCAACACCAUGGUUGCAGCUGUGGACUUGGACCUGCCAGCGAAGACUGUUAUUUAUAUAAAGAUAUGAUGACAAGACUACUCACUUCCAUCUCUCUCAGAAGCACUUUGGAUAUCACUGCGGUGGACUUCCUUAAUAGCUUGGCAAUAAAACCUUUCGAGGUUGGCUGUUUGUUCUAAACCAAAAGAGAAACCUUUAUUUACAUGACAUUGGUUGGUAUCAAAAAAUGUAUAUGAUGUAUUGUGCUAAUCUGUUAUGAUAUACAGGGCUUAUGUAAUAAUGCACUUUUGGUUGUUAGCUUUUUUUUUUUAUAUAUGUGCAUAUGUGUGUGUGUUUGUAUGUGCGCGUGUGUGUGUGUGUAAAUGUGUUAAGUAUGUGUUUGUGCAGGUUGGCCAGUUACCAUCAUUUCCUUCAGCUGACAUUACAUUUCAUAUAUCUCUAACUUGUCUGACGUUAAAGUGCAUUAUGUUGGUUAUUGAAAGCACACUGCUCUUUGACUCUCUGUCUCCAUGUGGGGCAGAUAAGAUCUUUCUUUUGUCGUUCGUUUUCAGGGGAAGUGUGUUUAUAUUCCUCCAGCAUGAUGUGUGCGUUUCCCAUAAAUCUAUCAUGUCAUCUCAUUUACACUUAAGUUUUAUUACCAGACAAUGUACAGUAAAUAUACUGAACUAUAACACUACAUUGCUUCAACAUGUUCUGUUAAGGUUGUUUGUGUUUGAGUGAGUGUUCAGGUAGGAUGUUAUCUUACCCUUAAGGACUCAGAAUCAUCUUCUUUUGAUCCUAGUCUAGUUGAUUGUGUUUUUUUUUUUCUUUUCUUUUUUUCAGGAUGACUCAGAUCUGGCUGGUUUUCCCAAAGUUACCUUGUUACUUUCAUUGACUGCUGUAUGACAACCUUUUUCAAUGACCACAUUCAUUCAUGACAAGUAUUCAGGAUGGCUAAAGUGGGCAGUUGUUUCCAAGUCUCUUGUGUAGGUAAAAUCUGUGUACAUAGCUUUAUUAAGUUGUAACUUUUCAGCUAGGUCAACAUCAUUUUAAUUGCAAUUUCAAAAUAACACUAUACAGGUAAAGUCCAUUUUCAGUAAUUGUGGGUGUUAGUAUCUGUACAUUUAAGAGACAAUAGUUUGUUUUUGUAUGAACAAGGUCCCAAAGUUUUAUAUUUUGCAGUUUAGUGUGUACAGACUCUGCAGUCUGCUGGAUGUUGGGUCAUUACUAGCAUGAUCAUUAUUACAUCAAUAAAGCACACAUGUAUUUCACGUUAGUAUGAGAUCAGUGAAUAAACUUGUGUGUGACAGGGCACAUCUUAUCAGUACCAGCAUGUCCACUUACUUUUUUGUUCUGUGAAAACAAUAAAUCUAUGUACAUGGUUAUCAUGUUGACUUGCUUUUCAGUUUAUUAUUGUUGCCGCAAAUUUGUUCAUAUUAAUAUAAGGCCUCAUAGAUAUCAUCUGAUACAGUAUAAUGGAGCUAGUUACAUAAUGUGAUGUUUGUGUGACAUUUUGGGCUGAUGUUGCAGGUAUAGCUUUAACCUCUGUGACUCUCCUUGAAUGAGAGUAGAACAAUUAAGUCAGUCAAGACAGAGUUACAUCAGCAGUGCUCGGCUAAUUCUGUGUCCUUCUUUUACUGACCUGUCAAGUGAUGUGAACCUCAGACCAUUUCGAUAUCUGCAUAUGUUACAUAAAGCACAUUCCAAGCACUUCCAUACAUUAUUUUAAACAGGUAUGGUGAAAAAAAAAACUGUGGCAGUAAGGGAGCAAAUACUUAAAUUCCAGCUACGAUGCCAACAUCUUCAGCUCAACUAUUCAUCUCCAACAACUACCUGUUCACAGAUGUUACACAACUCAUCAUUUUGUCAUUUAUUUUGUCAUUUAUUUAAAAUUUGUCAUUUAUGUUGGUUGUAGAUUUUGUUCUGCUCUUUAUAUUUGUGUUCUACAGAAAUUGUUUCAUAUGUGGAUGUUAUGCUGAAUUUUCAUGAAGCAUAAAAGUUCAUGAGUCACAUUCAAAACACUAUUCAAAUAAA